AUGGAUGAUGAUACUGGUCUUCUUCUGGUGUUGCGGGCACCUUUUCUUCUAUUACUGGUUGGUGGGCAGGACAGAAUAACUUCUUUCGCUGUGCAGGAUAAUGAAUUUUGGCUCAGGCACUUGAUUUGGCUCAUUCUCCAACUCUCCACCACUGGUUUUGUGUUUAUUCAAUCAAUUCACCAAAACAGACUAUGGAUCCCAACACUUCUCCUCCUCUUUGCUGGAACCAUCAAGUAUGCUGAGCAGAUCGCUGCAUUGUAUCUUGCAAAUUCGGAAAGUUUUGGAAUAUCCGUACUUAAAGAACCAAACCCGGGACCCAAUUAUGAGAAAUUAAUGAGAGCAUACUUCACGUUUGAAGAGAUGGGUCUUCCUACAAACUUUGAAUGUCUCGAAGACGAAGAAGGCAGAGAAUCCCAGGUGGGCAAAUUCAUUACUCCAAAGGUGAAGGAAGAGAAGUUGAAAAACCGUGAGUUGGUGCUGUAUGCUUAUGGCUUGUCAAAUAUGUACAAGGGACUCGUUGUCAAUCUCAUGUUCAGCUCUAGUGAGCAUAAGGAGAAUCGAGACUUCUUCUCUAAAAUAGAUGCGGAAGAUACAUUGAGAAAAUUAGAGAUCGAACUCAACUUCUUUUAUGAUCUUCUAAUCCAUACCAAGGUGGCGGUGGCAACCUCCAAGGUAGGAAUUAUAUCUCAGUGUACAUCCAUCGGGUUAGUUGUGGCAGCCUUGUCACUUUUCUACAGAGAAGAGAAACGAGGUUUCCAGAGGUUCAAUGUUAAAGUGACCUAUGUGGUAACUCUCCUCCAAUGA